CCUGCUUAUAUUAGAAUUAAAAAUAAUAAAGUAACGAAAAAAAUGGAGCUCUGUCUAAAAGAAAGUAACGAAACAAAGCAGGAAACCAGAGGGAGCAGAGUUGGACUCCUCUUUCUCCCCCUCACUUUCCCCUGGAAUCUAUUUCUAAACUCCUUUUCUCCCUUCUGUCUACCAUGGCGUCUGGGUUCGUCUAGUAUUUCAUUUGGACGGAAAGAGCUUCACUUGGACAAUCAUUAUAAAGGCGUCAAGUAGUGAAUGGGGUCAGAGGAAGAAGAUAAAACACCACCAAAAUCUUCUAAACCUAAAUCAUCAGCUCAGGAGACACCAGCUGUGUCUUUAUAUCCUGAUUGGACAAGCUCUCUUCCGAGCACUCAUCCGGUGGUGAUACACCUCCCUUCUUCCCAUCACAUGUUUCUCAUGCUCCCCAUCCCUAUAUGUGGGGAGGCCAAGUAUUUUUUGUCUAUUCAAGUCAUUAUUUAAUUGUUACUCCCUCCAUUUCAUUUCAAAGUUUUCUGUGUGGUUUACGAUGAUUGAGUGAUGAUAAAGCACAUCGUUCCUUGAUAAUUUUUUAUCAUUAAAAUUUACAUAUUCAGAAACUAUGCAAGAAAUUCUACUGAAUUGCAAAAGAUAAAAUUGAAAAUGAUUAAAAUUAAAUACUACCUCCGUUUUCUUUUAGUUGCAACAUUGGUGAUUUUGCACUAUUCACAUAUUCUACUUUGACUACAUUUAAUUUAUUAAUCAUCAUCAUCAUCAUUACCCCAGUGCCGCAAAGGCUCCCACCUACUAAAGCACAGAGUGACUGUUUCCGAAUGACCCAUAGUGAAAAUCCCGUUGAAAAAUACAUGGAUUGACUGUUGCUUCACACUAAAGAAGCGCUGACAGUUUAGUGAGCCAUUUUGCUUUAUUCCAACAUAUUCUCAAGCCAAAAAAUAGUGAAUCUUUGGUUCCAUUGCAAAUGAUGGAAAAAUUUAAUUUAUUAAUGUAUUAAUGUACAGGGGUAAGACUGCGUACAUCCGACCCCCCUUACCCCACCGUAGGUGGGAGCCUUUUCGGCACUGGGGUAAAUGAAAAUGAUGGAUGUAUUAUAAAUUAAAUUCUUGAAAAAUAUUGUUAAGUUCCUCUCAUUUUAAAUUUUCAAAAUGUGAUUUUUCUUACUAAUAAGGAAUAAAAGAUAUUAAUGGUCAAACUUGUGCAUCGACAAACGUGAAAAGUGGACUGUUGCAAUUAAAAAAGAACGGAGGAAGUAUAUAAAAUUAGGUAUUAAACUAUAGUUUCGUUGACCAUGCUAAUAGUGUAUGGGAAUCUUGAAAUGUGACUGGGGAGUACAUACUAGACAUACACAUCACACUUCUUCAAUGGCUUUAGAUGGAGGGAGUAACGCGUAAUUUGCUUGUGUGAUAUUUUUUCUAUAGUAUCCUCUAAUGCCGCCUUAUGGGAGUCCUGUUCCAUAUCCUGCUAUGUAUCCUCCCGGGGCCGUCUAUACGCAUCCAAAUAUGGCAAUGGUCCCAAGUCAAAUGCAGGAAAAUGGAAAAAUCCGAAAAAGCAUCCAAAGGGAAAAGAAAAGCUUCUGGGAAAAGAACUAAUAGAAAGUCUGGUAACAAGGCAGGAGACAUCCCAAAAGAAGUUUCUGGCUCGGGAUGUGAUGGUACCACCCCAAGUAGUGGAGGUGAUGGCUCUACUGAGACCCCAGUGAUGAGAACAAUAACAAUGAGUUAUCUGCUUCAAAGAAAGGAAGCUUUGAUCAGAUGCUGGCUGAUGGUGCCGCCCAUGCACAGAACAGUGCUGUUGUUUCUGUUCCUGUAACUAAUUUAAACAUAGGAAUGACUAUGUGGAACCCUUCAGCGCCCCCUGGAGCCAACAAAAUGCAAUCAAAUCCUUCUAUGCUCUCACCGGUUGUGGUUCCCACUCCUGUGAUGGGGCAUGAAGGAAUGAUGCCAGGACAUUGGAUGCCGGAUGAACGUGAACUGAAAAGACAAAAGAGGAAACAGUCCAACAGGGAAUCAGCUAGAAGAUCAAGGUUACGCAAACAGGCGGAAUGUGAAGAACUACAAAAAGCGGUUGGGACGCUGACCAACAAUAACCACUCUCUCCGGGAUGAAGUGCAGAGGAGUAUCUGAAGCUGAGAGCUGAGAAUGAGUUUAUAAAGUGUUGGUUGCAGCACAAACAAGAGGGGAAACUGGAAUGGAGUGGUUCAAAGGAACAACAGAUGUUGCUACACAAUUUACAUGGGUAUUUCGGACUGGAAUCAUUGCUGAUAUGUGAUGAAAAGGUUGAUAUUGCCCUUGGUGAAGCCAGAAAGGAACUCUUUGAGAUGUAUAUAGAAGUUAAUUAUCAAGGAAGGAAUGAACUAUCUGAAUUUUCAACUGAAAGUGUGUUUACAGCACUAGAAGCAGAUAGUGGCAGUACCAAACAGCUUAUUGAUGCAUUGUGCCGGUACUUCAAAUCUCAUCACGGCAUUUGUAGUGAGGGAAAUUCUGGGUUUUUAAAGAAUAGGUUUUUGGUUUCUGAAUUUCAAAAGGAAAGUACUAUUCUUCGGCUUGCGGUACCGCUUAUUUUGUGUUCGACUAGAGAGAGCUGCUUUCACUUUCUUUACUGUGGUGGAAUGGAGCAACUUGGAUAUGCAUGCUUACGUUCAUAAUUCAACUGCUCUGAAGCUAAUGCUUCUUGGAGUCAUUGAGCGAGCUACUCAACAUUUAGUUGCUUGUGAAGGUUUCCUCGGCUGGUGGCCACCUUAAAGAUGAGAGUAUCCCUUCUGGCAUCAGUGAUGGAUAUAGUCACACAUUGAAGUUAGUAAUGAAGUGUCAUCGGCGUGAUGUUGAUUAGUUGUCGACUUAUAUUCUUCAUCGUAUGCGCUUCUAUGAAGUAGCUUCCUAAUAUGAGGUUCAUGCUUCCAUUUUUUUUAAUUAUGUUUAGUCUGAAUCACUAUUGUAAGUCUCAUUCUCUUUGGUUAUCUCUCUUUACCACUCUCCCUAAAACAACAUGCAUUUUUAUCUAUAUUGGAAGGUCACUUUUCUAUGGAAAGUUUAACUCAGGGUAA